AUGGACCACUCGCAGGCCAAUAAUAGCUUUCCUUCUAGAAUUGACCUCGAACAGAAUCUGAAUGGAGACUCUUUAUUUGGGGCUCUAGGACAAGAGAAAGAGAUAGAGGUCAUUAUCACCUGUACUUCAAUUCCUAAUCCACUUGCAGAUGAGCCGUCCGAUUCAGAUUCUGAGGAUGAUUUUAAUUAUCCCGAGGGUGGAUUGCAAGCUUGGCUUGUUGUUUUCGGAUCAUGGUGUGGCAUGUUUUGCAGUUUCGGUAUUGCGAAUUCCACAGGUACAUUUCAAGCCUAUCUGUCUACGAACCAGUUGGCAGCAUAUUCUGAUUCGCAAAUUGGAUGGAUUUUCUCCUUAUACUCAUUCAUUUUAUUCUUCGGUGGCAUCUAUAUUGGACCAGCAUUUGAUAUCUAUGGGCCAAGGUAUUUGGUGCUACCAGGAAGUGGUUUACUCGUUCUUUCGGUUUUUCUAUUUGGGGAAUGUACUGAGUACUGGCACUGGUUCGUUGUAUUCAGUAUACUUGGUGGUUUUGCCAGUUCACUCACCUUCACUCCAUCAAUCGCAGUGAUUGGUCACUGGUUCCAUAAGAAGCGUGGAUAUGCAACUGGAAUUGCCUCCACUGGUGGCGCUUUUGGUGGUAUUGUCUUUCCACUUCUCUUGGAGAACCUCAUCCCGAAAAUUGGUUUCGCAUGGACAAUGCGAGUAAUGGGAUUUAUUUUCGUUUUCGUCACAGUUAUAGCCAAUCUCCUCAUCAAACCUCGUCUUCCCCGCUCUCGAACCGCCCAAAGCCCUCACCCAAACUUUAAAAUCUUCAAAAAGCCGGAAUUCGCCUUCACUGUUCUAGGUGUAUAUCUUCUCGAAUGGGCAUUUUUCCUCCCAGUCACGUAUAUCACAUCUUAUGCUCUCUAUGAAGGAUUUCCCUCGGCAAUCUCUUAUCAAUCUCUACCCAUCAUGUGUGCUGCAUCAGUUUUUGGUCGUUUCUUACCAGGUCUACUUGCCGACAUUAUUGGUCGAUUUAAUACUCUCCUUCUAGCCCUCUUCCUUACCGUCUUUGCCUGCUUCGCCGUAUGGCUUCCUUUCGGAAACACCUACCCGGGUCUAAUUUGCUCCGCCAUAGUACUUGGUUUCGCAAGCGGUAGCAACGUCGGUCUAACGCCUGUUUGCGUAGGCCAAUUAUGCGAGACCAAAGAUUAUGGUCGAUAUUAUGCGACUUGCUAUUCGGUAGUCAGCAUUGGAUGUUUAACUGGUGUUCCGAUUGCUGGGGCUCUAAUCGAGGCUUGCGGUGGUGCAUAUUGGGGGUUGAUUUCGUUCACGGGUAUAUGCUAUGGCGCCAGUGCUGUGGCCAUGAUGGUCGCAAGGGGCUAUGGUAGUGGAUGGAAAUGGAAUGCUAAAUUUUAA